CAGUGUCUAUUCCUUGUGGACAUUGCAGCAGCAUUUUCAGUUCCCCCUUUCACAUCUCCCCUUGAUAUCUGCGAAUUCUUGUACCCUUUUGCUUUUCUCAAUGCACAGUUCUAACACGCCCAUUUUUAUUCCUUUUAAUUAAUGCGUGUGUGAGUAAAAUGCAUAGGGCCCUCAAGGAGCUCAGCAAUCGCAUGUUUAUGAGUGAGUCGGGUGAUACUAUGAACUUGGGAACGACAAGUAUAAAAGGGUAAAAGGAGAAGCAAGUGUGUGAUCUUCUCUGCGCUAAGAAUUCCAAGUUGGUAGCAAGUAGCAACCGGUCUGAGGAAGAAAGUAUGGGGGGCAAAAUGUUGAUAAAGAAGCUAGGAGGGUAUCCCGUUUACCUCAACGUCUAUGAUCUCACCCCCAUUAAUGGCUAUGCCUACUGGCUUGGCCUCGGUGUUUACCAUUCUGGUGUUCAAAUUCACGGGGUUGAAUAUGGAUUUGGAGCUCACGAAUACGAUACGACCGGCAUAUUUCUGGUGGAACCCAGACACUGUCCUGGUUUCACAUUCAGAAAAUCUAUCUUCAUAGGAACAACAGAUCUGGGUCCUAAACAUGUUUCGACAUUCAUGGACAAACUAGCUAAUCGCUACUCUGGGAACACCUACCAUCUUAUCACUAAAAACUGCAACCACUUCUGCAAUGAUGUUUGUCUCAGAUUGACAGCAAACUCUAUCCCACGUUGGGUUAAUCGACUUGCUCGACUUGGAUUUCUCUGCAACUGUGUGCUUCCGCCCGAUCUACAAGAAGCAAAGAUUGACAAUUCUCGAGGACGAGCAGGAUCCGAGAAGAAUAAAAUUAACAAGAAAGUGAGAUGCCCUGCCACCGAGUACGAGGCACCCCAGAUUAAAAUAGCAGUUUCUGAUUAUAUAAGCAUCGAGUUUGAAGCGACCUGAUUAUAUUGAGAACAAGGGAAGCUGCCAACUGCCCAUAUCUGCUGUGUAUCUUUAUUCUAGGCUGGCCAAUUGCAAUAGCUGGCCGUUAGGAAGAGAAUCUCUUUGUAAUGAAUGAUUUCUUUUCCCAUACUUGUUCCUGACUGCUCUGUUAGUGCAUUGAUUCAAACUAUCUAGCAUGAUGAAGAAAUAUAGAUACAAGAGGGACCCAUUUCAGAGUCUUUGGUAUGAUGGCAACAAAUUUGCGUGGUUCAAGUACUUCCCACCCUUCUCUAGAAACGCUGCUGGUUCGCUCAUCACCAUUAUUGUAUCUGAAAGCUUUUAAUUUCGAGU